GCACGUGGAGGUGGAUCUGCUGGGAGGGACGUGGCUCAGAUGAGAGGUACGUGUGGUCUACACACAUGGUAUCGAUUUAUGAUGCUUAUCUUUGAUGCUUUCAGGUGGCUCGGUGCUAUGUACGCACUGUAGGCUUCCUGCGAACCAGAGCUGCAAGAGGGUCAGUUGCAAGUCCUGCUGCAUCGCAGCAUCCGAGCGUGCGGAAGCUUCCGGUAUGCCCGCACCACGAUGUGCGCCACACUCGAUUCGUUCGAACACGAAGACCGCGCGUACCGCCAGCGCUUCCAGGCCCCCUGCGUCGCAGCCGUCUUUGGGCCCAUACGUCACCCCACCUACGUCCUUGGAGCAUGAUUCUUCCUCGCACCCGGGCACGGGUUCAGCAUCCUCGCAGUCUGGUGCCAGUGCUUUAGAUUCGUCCGAACAUCACGUGCAGCUGGGCAUCACUUCUCCGUCUUCGCUGCCUACCGGUACGGCAGCAUCCUCGUCCUCUCAGGAGACUUCGGCUGGCCCAGAUCCUACAUCGCUUACAACCACGAGGAGCUCCGAACCCUCACCCCACAUUCGAGGCCAGUACGCACAGCCUGUGCGGCUGUGGAAGGACAUGCCCCUCGAUUGGCUGUCUGCGCGCCAGCAGGUACACAGCAAAUGGCAGAGCGAGGGAGUACAGCGGAAGGAAAACCUCCAGGAGGCCCAGCAACAACGGCAGCGAUCCCUCUCGCUGUUAUGCUGGACAAAACGAGAUACCGAGGCGGUGGAGUUGUCUCCAGUCGUCGUACACACAUACCCUGCAUUCCGAAUUGCCGACCACGACGACAUAUUCCAGCUCCUAUGUCCAUUGCAGAGUGUCGACAAGGCAUAUGUCCAAGUCUACGACCCCCGGAAGAACCGAUGGCCUGUCUCAUCAGCCACAAGCUACCGCGACAUCGCAACAAACGAGACGACUCUGUUACUCCGUAAGAUUGCUUCGCUCUCUGAAUCAGCAUUUGAUACUGCAGGCUAUCCAGGCAUGGAAUCGGCGAUGCAGUCGCUCUGUAAAAAGCGCACUGUUGGGUCACUAGACGACCCCGCUGUACCAUUCGCACCUGUCGCUAAGCGACCUCGGCUCGCCAGUAUGUCGGACCCACUCUUAUUUCCCACUGUGCGGCCACACACACACUCAUCACCUGGACCUGAGCCUGCUGCGAGGCACAACAGGCAUAUCUGUACUCGUGUUGCGAUGGCCGAUUGGAGGGCUCACUCUAGCCCUUCAGCCGAGCCAGACUCGUCUUGUGAUCGCACCCUGCCAGCAGUAGACGAGGAGCCAGAGGAUGAUGAGCUCUCGGCGGCCCAUACUACCCCUGUUGCACCCUUGGUCCCUGUCCCGUCCGAGCCACCUGUUACUCGUACUCCCGGGAAGUCAUCUCACUCAGUCAGCGACGAGCCUCUGCAAACAAUCCCACGCGGCUUCCAGGUACGGCGAUACCUGAAUGCCAAUGUAUCGUUUCCGAAGAGCCUUCCGUUCGAGUCCAUCUACAAUGGGCUGAUCAAGGUCAACACGAUGCUAUCACAACGGAACCCACCAAUCAAGCGUGAAGAUGCAUGCGCGGCAGUCUGGCCUGCAUACGAAUGGAAGGGUAAACGAGCGAAAGGGGUCGACGACGCUCGGAACGAUCUCGGGCGUGGCGAUGCAGAUCUGUGGCAGCGCUGCCUCAACACCGAGGAAGCACUCUGGGGCGAUUACACACGAUACUUGACGGAGCUUGGACGCAGUACAUCGAAAUCGCUCCGCUUCCCUUGGGACAAAGAUGCUGGUCGCCUUUCGCCUCUCGCAUCGAUCCCUCAGGCGAGUGAGCCUUCAGUUACCCCUCAGGCACAUGUCGCCCACUCGCUGCCUCACCUCGACAUCGUCCCUCAGGCACACGAGCCUCAUUCUAUGCCAAUCACUGAAAUGGACCAACCCUCGUCACGCUCUGUUGAUCCCCGGGCAAGUGCUGCUCCCGAACCGCUGCCUUCCGAACCUGCAAUCACCGCUGCCGAGUCGCCUCCUUCCGGGACAGCAAGUCCUGCACUGCCCCUGCCACCGCUGGGCGACAUCGCUGCUCAUGCAAGCGAACAUCGGUCUGGGCCAGAAGCCGCAAAUGGCCCAGAAUCGCUGCCUGCGGGCGUUCCUCAGGCAAGCGAUCCAGCAGUCGCUGCUCAAGCAAGUGAGGCCAUGCUCGCCCAGGAGGCCAUCUCGUUCGCUGCCAUAUGUUCGCCUCGUGCGGCGAAUGCCCAGCUACUAGUAUCUGACCUCUCGCUGUUAUCGGAUACUAAUAUAUACCCGACGUACAACCCAACCCCCCCUUCUUAUCGUCCCGAAUCGCCUGAGCUGCCGUCGUGGCUUGCCGAUGCCUGGAAUCGCCAGACGUUCGGUUUAGAACAGGGUGUCGCCGGUAUGACCACUUUCUCAACGGACUUUGCGCAAUCAGUACCUAGUGGUUCGGUUGAAGCCCUCUUUCGCAAUGACAAUGCCGGACAAUCUGCUGUUAACGACUAUACAGGAAGUGAGUAAUCUCUAUGUUCUAUAACGAUUUACAGAGCUUGUUCAUAAUGUCGACUACUACUACACGAUACCUGCCCAUAUAUCCCCCAUGCCCCCAGUACUUCUCCUAGAUCGACUUAGUAGUGCUAGCCACUUAGUGCACGGCUUUUACGGCCAUACAUACACCCACAAAUAAUCUUACAGCCGGCAUAGUAGUCCAGGCCGAUGUCCACACAAUAAAUGGCUGUCGGUUGCUGCACCCCUCGCCACAGCUUGACACACGAUCAC